AUGUUUGGACCAUUCAAAUCUUCGAACACCCUACUUGGAGGCCUGCUUUGGAAAAUACCAUGGAGAAUGUCACGCCCGCAGAAGCAAAGACAAAGACAUAGAUUGCAGGACGUGGAUAGCGUUAUAAAGAGCUUGAACCUGGGACUCCACGCUGAGCGGAGCGUGCAAAAGGGUAUAUCGUACGAUGAGGCCAUCAAUAGUUCUAAACAGCUAAAGCCCGGUGUCAAGCAGCUGCGCCUGCUCAACAAGCCUUCGCUAUUCCCUAACGAACCACAAAUGUCUUACAAGGACAAGUACACGUACUUCAACAAACAGGCCAAAGGCUACAGAAAGGGCAUUCACAAACUGCCAAAAUGGACCAAGAUCACACAGAGAAGAAACCCUGCAUUCUUUUAA